AUGCGCGGUUACAUGAUCUCGUCUCCGAUUUUGAUUGGCUCUAGCGAAACCUGCAUAGCUGACAGAUAUUUUUCCCUGUUAGACGAGCUGAACACAUCGCUGCAACAACAGUUUACGGACGUGUUCACAGUGCGAGGCAAAAUGGAUUCAUUUAAAAGAGAAUGCGACUGUGGCAAGUACGGUUGGCUGAAGAUCUGCAAAUGUUCCAAAAUUUUGAUGAUUAUAUGA